AUGGAACCUGUAUACGUGAUACCUCCAACUGUGGUGGCGCAAAGACGCCCUUCCGCAACCGAAAUGACGUGGGUCGAGUUCCUCAAAUGUUGGGAGAAGACACCAGAUACACUCAAAACUCCACCUAUUAUUCAGAAAGUAACCAGCACGACCCAGGAGGAAAAUGAGAUGACAGAAACCUCAUCACAACACAGUGAAACUGAAUCAGAGGUCAUCAUCGAAAGAAUCCGGGAGAUGAUCACUAAUAAACCGGAAGCUAUUCGAGAAAUCCGACAACGUCUAUGGGAGACCAAAAAGUACCUAAAAGAGUUCCAGAAUGUGUCAAAUAUCCGUCUGAAACGUCUCUUGUACAAAGUAAAGACAAAAGCUACUCGCGAGUACAAACGGCAAAACAAACGUUAG